GUUCCGGGAAGCUUGCUCAACUCUACUCCUUCACUGGCUAUUCCAUCCUUCCUUUUUCCCAAGUCAGGUUUUCGACCCUUUUUUCCCCUCUUCUGAGUGGGGUUGUUCCUGUGCUGUGUACCAUUCCUACAAUUGGCUGAAUUUCUGUCAUUUGGCCAUUAUUUUUCCUUCUGUUUUCUUUUGGCCUGAGAUUUCUUCAUCUGCAUCUGUUUUAACUUUCCCUUUUUCUCCAUUGGUUGUUUUGUGGCUUGUCUCUUUUCUUCUCGUUGGCUGUGUUUUCUCUCUUGUCGUCUGUUACCCACACCAUGGCUCAUCCUCUGGCUCUGGAGCCGAUAAGAGGGCAUUUGGGUGUUAAGAGUUCCCUAAAUGGGAGUGCAGACUUUGACAGACUUAGUUUUAUGGGGGAACAGCAUCCUCCACCUCCCCUCCACAGUUACCUGUGGCUAACAAUCCUCACCUGCUUCUGCCCCGCGUACCCAGUCAACAUUGUAGCUCUGGUCUUUUCAGUACUGUCCAGGAAAAGUUAUGAGUUGCAAGACUAUGACGGCUCGCGACGACUCGGUCAGAAAGCUCUCCAAGUGGCCAUCGCCUCCAUCAUCAUCGGCCUCCUCAUCAUCGCCAUAUUUAUCAUCGUUCACUUCACCACGUAUAAAUUUUAGAAGAGUUGCACAGUAUGCCUGGAAAAAGCUAAACAAAGUAAAUGUCGCUCUCAAAGACAUGGACUAUGGACAC